GAAGUAACAGCUAGCAGCCGCCACUAUGUUGACAGGCUAUUUGACCCUGACCCCCAGAAAGUUCUACACGGUGUCAUAGACAUGAAAAAUGCUGUAAUUGGAAACAACAAACAGAAAGCCAACCUCAUUGUUUUAGGAGCUGUUCCAAGAUUGUUGUACUUGCUUCAGCAAGAAACUUCCAGCACGGAGCUGAAAACCGAAUGCGCAGUGGUGCUGGGAAGUCUUGCUAUGGGUACUGAGAACAAUGUCAAGUCUCUCCUCGACUGCCAUAUUAUCCCUGCCUUACUGCAAGGACUGCUGUCUCCAGACCUAAAGUUCAUUGAAGCUUGUCUGCGAUGCCUGCGUACCAUCUUCACCAGUCCUGUCACCCCAGAGGAGCUGCUGUAUACGGAUGCCACAGUGAUCCCGCACCUCAUGGCGCUGCUGAGCAGGUCCCGGCACACGCAGGAGUACAUCUGCCAGAUCUUCUCACACUGCUGUAAAGGGCCAGAUCAUCAAACAAUUUUAUUUAACCAUGGUGCAGUUCAAAAUAUUGCUCACCUACUAACCUCACUGUCCUACAAAGUUCGAAUGCAAGCGCUGAAAUGCUUCUCAGUUUUAGCUUUUGAAAACCCCCAGGUAUCGAUGACCCUGGUAAAUGUUUUGGUUGAUGGAGAAUUGUUACCACAGAUCUUUGUGAAGAUGUUACAGAGGGAUAAGCCAAUUGAGAUGCAGCUCACAUCAGCGAAAUGCUUAACUUACAUGUGUAGAGCUGGGGCAAUUCGGACAGAUGACAACUGUAUUGUAUUAAAGACACUGCCUUGUCUGGUCCGAAUGUGCAGUAAGGAGAGGUUGCUGGAGGAGAGAGUCGAAGGAGCCGAGACGCUGGCCUACCUGAUUGAACCGGACGUCGAGCUGCAGAGAAUCGCUAGCAUAACGGACCACCUGAUCGCCAUGCUCGCCGACUACUUCAAGUACCCCAGCUCAGUGAGCGCCAUCACGGACAUUAAAAGGCUUGAUCAUGACUUAAAACACGCUCAUGAACUCCGCCAGGCUGCAUUCAAGCUCUAUGCUUCUCUUGGAGCAAAUGAUGAAGACAUCCGGAAGAAGAUCAUUGAGACUGAAAAUAUGAUGGACCGAAUUGUGACUGGCUUGUCAGAGUCUAGUGUCAAGGUGCGGUUAGCUGCCGUCAGAUGUUUGCACAGUUUAUCCAGAUCUGUGCAGCAGCUUCGAACCAGCUUCCAGGACCAUGCUGUGUGGAAACCGUUGAUGAAGGUUUUACAAAACGCACCAGAUGAAAUUCUAGUAGUAGCAUCUUCCAUGCUGUGUAAUCUUCUUCUUGAGUUUUCUCCAAGCAAAGAGCCGAUUUUAGAAUCAGGAGCAGUCGAGCUACUCUGUGGGUUAACCCAGAGCGAAAAUCCCGCUUUAAGAGUCAAUGGAAUUUGGGCCCUAAUGAAUAUGGCUUUUCAGGCUGAACAAAAAAUAAAAGCAGAUAUUUUACGAAGCUUGAGUACUGAACAGCUAUUCCGGUUAUUAUCAGAUUCAGAUUUGAAUGUGCUGAUGAAGACACUGGGACUUCUUAGAAACCUCCUCUCUACUCGGCCUCAUAUAGAUAAAAUAAUGAGCACUCAUGGAAAGCAGAUUAUGCAAGCCGUCACCCUCAUUCUGGAAGGGGAGCAUAACAUUGAAGUCAAAGAACAGACACUGUGCAUCCUAGCCAACAUAGCAGACGGGACGACAGCCAAGGAGCUGAUCAUGACCAACGACGACAUCCUGCAGAAAAUCAAGUAUUACAUGGGUCACUCCCAUGUCAAACUGCAACUUGCCGCUAUGUUUUGUGUGUCAAACCUCAUAUGGAAUGAAGAAGAAGGUUCACAAGAACGCCAAGAUAAAUUACGAGACAUGGGCAUCGUAGAUAUUCUACAUAAGCUGAGUCAAUCCCCGGACUCCAACCUUUGUGACAAGGCGAAGACCGCACUGCAGCAGUACCUGGCCUGACGGGAGCACCCUGGACACCGUGAGCACCCACGUCCUGUUUAAGGGAGGACAGGAACUAGCCUCAUUUGAUUCUAUUUGCACAAGUCACCUUGGACUGCAGGGAGCUGUUUUGCAAAAGCAAUUAGUAGGCUUAGAUCUCAAAUUCAUCUUGAGAACAUUUUUUGAGGUAGUAAUUUCCUCAGAGGACUAUUGUGUUUUGUUUUGUUUUGUUUUGUUUUCUGAGCUACCUGGACUCUUUUAUUAGAACAAUCAAUCAUUUUCCUUUGGACCUACAAUUUUUUGCCUAUGCUGCAGCCACUUUGUGAGUGAGGAUGAACGUGUCUGUGUGAGCACACGGGCAUGUGUGUGUGUGUGUGUGCGCGUGUGUGUGUGUGCGUGCACACGUGGGCCAGAAUGAAUGAAUGUGUGUGUGAGGGAUACCUCAGACUUUUCUUUUCUUAUUUUGUGUGAAAAUCUCUUUUCUACAGAUUUUCCAGGGUUUAAGCAUUGCUUGCUGUAUAAAAAACUUUACUGAAUUAUAUACAGUUUGAAUGAAAUGUUAUUUUAAAAACAAAACAAUUGUUAAGUGUUCCAUAAAGGUUAUGUUGAAUUUUGGUCAGAUGAAUAUUUGUAAGUAAAAAAUAUAUGCAUUUCUGAACCUCAUCUUACAUAGAUUUUCUUUAUAAAAAAAUAUAUAUAUAAAAAAAAAAGAAAAAAAAAAAAGAAAAAGUUGGCUCUAGUUGGCCUGAAUAACAGGCACGCUACAUGGUGCUGUGCAGAACAGUAAGCUAGCAUCUUACUGCCGUCAACUCAGCGGGUACCGAGCCUUUUUUCCCAGCCUCAUGCAGUGAGUUCUCAGGCUUCCAGUCAGAUGGACAGGGUGGAGUGAAAUGAGGUGGCAUUUGCCGUAGGCUUCUUAAACUGUCACAGGGCAAUAGAACUACUGAUAGCGAAAACCCAGCCAUGACCGCGGUGGGCUACCCUGGACAGGAGGCAGGGACCAAGGGCCUCCCAGCCUUCCUGCUCCCUGUCAGCGGUGCGGCAGCCCCUGCAGGGCUUAGAACCAGUUGUGGAAACUUACGCUCAAACCGCUUCCUGGAAACAGAGUCAGAUCACCUCGCGCUCCCUGCAACAGCACACAUCACUGUGAAACGGAAGAAUGUUCUACAGACACGUCUGCAGAGAGGAGCGAAGGACGAGCUAGUUUAGAAAGCUGUCUCUCUCUGGGCUGCACUCAACACAUUCUACACUGGUCGCUCAGGAUGGCUAGCGGGCGUGCUCUUGUGACAUGAAGUGGACACCAUGGUGACAGGUGCAGCUGAGAUACGGUCCUGCAUGCAGCGCAGAGCUCUCAGGGUGAGAGGAGGGAGGGUGUUCUCCCUGGGCUGAGCAGAGGUGGCUUGUUUUUCCAGAGCACUGCUUAGUCCUUCCACAGCUCCUAGCGUGGCACCUGCUCCGGCCUCAGAGUCAGGGUGCACUCCAGCGGCCGCCCUGGCCUGUGCCAAGGUGAACCGAUCUUUUGUCUUUGCUAACGAAGGCCUGGAGUCCCGAAGCUGGAGGUGAGUGUCUGCCUCCGAGGGGGUCUCGGGCCCACCCCCCAGCCAGUCCUGACUGGGUUGCUCGCGUCGUAGUGGCCCUGCCACCGACUGCACCUUCCUCGGAAGACUUCAAUAUGUCCGGUUGCAGAUGAAUGUUUUAAAAAUGUGUUUAAUGCAAUUUUUUUUCUGUUCUCAACAUGACCACCCACGAUCAGACACAGAGAUUCCCAAGUUUUUAUUUCUUCAGAACAUCAUGGACUUUAAAGUCUAUCACAAGGCCUUGGGUUUUGUGCAGAGAGCAGAGUGCUAAUAUGAGAAAACCAAGUUGAUUGGAAAUAAAGCCUUACUGAGGCCCACUCGUUGUCAUUUAUAGUACUGAGAAAAUACCUUUGGCUGGCAUUUGUAACACAAAACACUACAGAAUUAGUAUUAAAAGUUACCAAGUAGAUAGAAACGAAUGAAUUGCCAAGACAAUCUCGAACCCGAGUAGCAUUAGAAAGCCGAAGGCCCAGCGGAGUAACACGCUCACGCUUGAGCUCUGUGGAUAAGUCCUGCCUGUAGGUGUAAACAGAGGGUCAAAUAAAAAGUGCUUUGUGAUGGCGAACGCUGCGAUUUGAAUGGAGGGGGGCGGCUGCUGCUUCGCGCAGGGGCAGUGUUCAGUCCGCCAGGAAGUGGGGAGACCGGAUCGUGGCCCGUGUCGGCGCCCGGCUCCCCACCCAGCUUCUCGCCCUCUAAUCCUGCAUUCUGUUUCUCCUUUGUGCCCUGAUUGUAACCCAAAACUUAUGAACUAGAAAAGAAUGUCCGAUUUAUAAUAAGUUGCAUUUUUUUUCCUUAAGCACUUUAUUCAGAACAAUACAUGUUCUUCUGGUAGUGUUUGGAAUAAUAUGAUUUUAACACAUGCUAAUAAAAGCCAAGAAAAAUCA